AUGAAUGGGAGAUACACAGCUGGAAUGAAGGUUGGUUUAGGAAUGCUUGCCGCUUUGGCUUGUUGUAAUGUUGCUUGGUGGGUGGAGUGUAAAAGGCAAAAAGAUUUGAAAGAACACGACUUGUUAGGUAAUCCUGAUGCCAUUGCACCAAUAUCUGUAUUUUGGCUCUCACCACACUUUGUACUGAUGGGAAUCUUGGACGGAUUAGCUCUUUAUGGUAUUGAGGGGUUUUUUAAGUAUCAGUUUCCAGAGUCAAUAAGGAAGAGGUAUGCACUCGUACUCACUGAAGCUGUGAUUGGAUGGGGAAAACUAGUGAACAUAGGGUUUAUUAUGAUAUUCGACGUGGUGGUCAUGAAGUUGAGAGCUGAAGAUGGAAGUUGGAUUGCAGACACUGUGAAUCAGAGCCGUUUGGAUCAUUUUUAUGCUGCGUUAGUGAUCGUGAGCAUAGCCAAUCUAUUAAUCUUUGCAUAUGUUGCUAGGAUAGUAUUUGAACGACGAAUAGAGAAAAUGAAUGUUAGAUCCUCAGCUGGAAUGAAGGUUGGUUUAGGAAUGCUUGUCGCAUUGGCUUGUUGUAAUGUUGCUUUGUGGGUGGAGUAUAAAAGGCUAAAAGAUUUGAAAGAACACGACUUGUUAAGUAAUCCCGAUGCCAUCGCACCAAUAUCUGUAUUUUGGCUCUCACCACAGUUUGUACUGAUGGGAAUCAUGGACGGAUUAGCCCUUUAUGGUAUUGAGGAUUUUUUGAAGUACCAGGUUCCAGAGUCAAUAAGGAAGAGGUAUGCACUCGUACUCACGGAAUCUGUGAUUGGAUGGGGAAAAAUAGUGAACAUAGGGUUUAUUAUGAUAUUAGACGUGGUGGUCUUGAAGUGGAGAGCUGAAGAUGCAAGUUGGAUUACAGACACUGUGAAUCAGAGCCGUUUGGAUCUUUUUUAUGCUGCGUUAGUGGUCAUGAGCAUAGCCAAUCUGUUAAUUUCGCAUAUGUUGCUAGGUUCUACAGUUACCGUGAUUUUCUAG